AAAACAAAAGUGAAAAGUUCUCUUAUUGUUGGAUGCAAGAUAAAAGAAUUGUUGAUGUGUUUUGCCAUAUGACGGUUUUGUUAAAUUACGUGGCGUUUGAAAUCAUUGUUUGAUUUUAUAUUACUAAGUGAUAAAAAUUUGUUUUGAAAACAACGUUAAUAAGUAAUCCUUACCUUCAUGUCGGUGGUUCAGAUAGCGCAGAUGAUCGUUAUCACCGGCUUGUCCGUGUUGUCUGGAUUCUUAGUGGUGAUCAUUGUCAUACAAAAAGCUAUAACGAAACCAUUUCCAGCAAUCAGAAGGCGCAAAGAGGAGAAACAUUUUCUCGAUCCAAUAGCAAUACAUAAUGUGGACUUUCCUUCGGUAGAAGAAGCGCCAAGUGUAGAUUUGAGUGUUAUUAUACCAGCAUAUAAUGAAGAGCAGCGAUUGCCGAAAAUGUUGGAAGAAUGUUUGCUCUUCUUAGAAGAAAAGGCAAAAGAUGAAACGUUUACAUAUGAAAUAAUACUUGUUAGUGAUGGUAGUAGUGAUGGUACAGUAUCUCUUGGAUUGAAAUACUCAAAACGUUACACCGUCAAUAAGUUUCGUGUGCUAGAACUUCUUGACAACAGGGGCAAAGGCGGCGCUGUUCGUUUGGGCAUGCUGAGCGCAAGAGGACGAUAUCUACUAUUCGCUGAUGCAGAUGGUGCUACACGAUUUAGCGAUUAUGAUAAAUUGGAACAGAGUAUUAAAAGUAUUACAAAAGAUUGGCAGGAAGACGGUAUUGUGGUCGGUUCACGCGCUCACUUAGAGCAGGAAGCUAUAGCCUCACGAAGUCUUUUUAGGACAUUCCUUAUGCACGGUUUUCACUUUCUUGUUUGGCUGUUCGCAGUGCGUAGUAUUCGGGACACCCAGUGCGGCUUUAAACUACUAACACGCUCUGCAGCUCAUACGCUAUUCAAAAAUUUGCACGUAGAACGAUGGGCUUUCGAUGUUGAAUUGCUUUAUAUAGCGGAACGUUUGAAAAUGCCAAUAGCUGAAGUUGCUGUUAAUUGGAAAGAGAUUGAGGGCUCCAAACUGACGCCCGUCUGGUCUUGGGUACAGAUGGGAACUGACCUAUUUCUGAUCUGGCUUCGGUAUGCGAUUGGAGCAUGGCAAUUGUAUGAGCAUAAAAAGGAACACGAUUCUUAAAAGCAAAGCAUUUAAUUUUUAUAAGACUUGCGCACACGUACGUUCCAAUGUUCCCGCAUUAUUUUCAACAUAUGCACUUAAAAGUAUAAGCUACUAUAUUUAAGUAUUUAAAAUGAAACUAUAACUUUUGUAACAUCUAAUACAAUUUGUUAGUUAAAGAUUUAAAAUUUGUUAAAUUUUAAAUAAAUAAUAUCACAUGAAUAA